AAAUAAAGAAAAGAAAAAUCUUAUAGACUGCCUCAGCUUAAUCACAUAAUUUUGCUAGUAGCCUAGUACAGUUAAAAAAUGUAUUUUGUGAUAGUCCCUUGCUUUUCUUUCUUGCAGGGGCUUUUGCGUCUUGAUCCGUAUUAGAAAAACGUGGUAAAUUAUCUUUCUGACUAAACUUUCUUUAUAGUAGGUAAAAACUAAAAUCGAGAUGGGACCAAAGAAAAAAGCUGGUGGUCAGAAGCUGAGUGACUAUUUGUCUGUACCUAGUCGUCACUUAUUGUUAAAAAUGCAAGAAGAGGAAGGCAGGGUUUUUAAAGAUCCCAAUAUUCUCAAAGCAAUCUACCAAGCAAAAUUAGAAAGAUCAAUGGAUAGCCGCACGUCUUCAACGUCAAAUUCUGCCAGUUCUGAUUCUUUUAUUAGUAGUAAUAGUACACCAUGCUUUGCAAGUUCAAAAUUAGGUAAACAAUCCUUAUUAACAUCAAGUAUGGUCGCACUUCUAAAUGAAAAGAAGAAGAAAAGUGUGUCAUUAAAGAAAAAGAUAGUUCCCUUUGUGAUGUCAAGGAGUGGAACUUACAAAUCUAAGAGACCAGUGAAGUUAGUAAAUGAAAGGGAUAAAAAAAUUGAAUUGACUGCUCCACAAUUACAAAUGGAUGUCUGCGAAACACCCAGUAUGCCUGAAUAUGUUAUGGAAAACAGCGAAGAAGCUUUAAACAGACAACUGCAAUUAUCAGAGAAAUUUUUGGGCGAAAUUUCAACAAACCGGAAAGCUCCUAUAACCUGGGCUGAAAGAGCAAGUAGAUUUCAAACAUCUUUCAUAGCAGAACGUGAGCAGUUGCACAAAGCAUUUAUGCUAUCACAAAAUCCAGGGCAUAGUUCAUGCACUAACUGUCAUGAAGCUGAGUGUUCUGUGAUCUGUAUGGAUUGUAAGCAGUACAAACACCUUUGUAUUGUCUGUGAUGAGAUGCUACAUUCACAUCAACCAUUUCAUGAUCGCAUUGGUUAUGUUAAUGGAGAAAUGGUUGAGUUAAAACCAAUACAGUCAAUUGAUUUCAAUGGAAAUUUAAUCGAAUUUGAAAAGCAUGUACCACUGGCAGUAAAGAGUUGUCCACAGUGUGGUUCUUCUAUUUUCCAUAAAAGAACUGACAACAGUCGUAUUAUAUCUGUUAUUUCAUUUAAAGGUAACAAUUGUUUUCUGAUAUUUUGUUAACAUUGCAUUUAUUUGAUAAACACAUUUUUU